UUGUGACCCCACCCAUUAAUUAAGUUUAAAAUGGCGGACGCAGAUCCUAUUUCUCAAGAUGACGAAUUAUACCUGCCUAGAACUGUAGUUAAUAAGCUCAUUAAAGAAAUGGUGCCGCACAUACGGGUUAGUACAGAUGCCAGAGAUCUCAUUCUAAACUGUUGUAGUGAAUUCAUACAUUUGCUGGCGUCUGAAGCUAACGAGGUUUCUGAGAAACAGCAAAAGAAGGUGAUAUCACCUGAACAUGUCAUAGAGGCCCUCACUACACUGGGUUUCAAUGAGUACAUACCUGACGUAAAGGAGGUGCUGAAGGAAUACAAGGAACAGGCUAAUAAACACAGGCAGAGAGGUAAGAAAUCUAGAUUGGACAAGUUAGGCGUCCCUGAAGAAGAGCUGCUGAGACAGCAACAGGAACUAUUUGAGCAAGCAAGAUUAGAAAAUGAGUUAUACGAGCAGCAGCAGGCACUAUUGCAGGAUACGAUGGCUGGAGGAGUAGCACCAGCUCUCCCCCAACAACAACAACAACAACAACAACAAGGACAAUAAACAUACUUCACUCGCAGACAAACAUCUAUUGAUCACUAUCCAUUGUUUGAUAAUUAUGAUAAAUUAUACAAUAAUAAUAGUAUAAUUGCCAGUGCUACCAGCUAGCUGUUAAUCAACCAA